AUGGCUGGCGGAGACAGAAAGUGGGAUGCCGCCGCCGAUCGUGAUCUCUGCGUCGCCCUCAUCGUCAGCAGCCAUGAGGGAAGGGUGGUACACAACUGGUCCAAGGUGCACGCCAUCCUCCAACAGCUUGGACACUCGUUCACCAAAGAGGCCAUCUCUCAGCACUUCAGCAAGGUAGUCAUGAAAGACUUCAAGGCGCGUCAUGGCGACGCCGCCGCCCUCUCCCUCGCCCUCGCCGCUACCGUAUCCGAUGCAGGACCUUCGACGCCCGAGCCGGCUUCAAAGUCGUCCCGAAAGCGAAAGCUAGCGAGUUCGUCCAAGACUCCGACGAAGCGUUCCCUGGCCGAGCCACGCUGCGACGACGAUGAGAAGGAGAUGGCCAAAUACGACGAUGAAGAAUAUGACAACGUCGGAGGUGAUGGCUCGGUUCCUACCCCUUGUGUACGGAAGAGGGUCAAGAACGUCGCCAUAGACGCGGCCAACCUCAUCAAGAAGGAGAGGGAGGGUGCUAUUGUCCGAUCCCUCAGGUACCAGGCGACCAACGUGUUGGAGUGA